UUAAGCCUGAGCUAAAACCCUAACGAUCAAGCCUGCACCUUGAGAUUCUUGAAAAAUCCAGAAGAACAACCUUCGUCAUUCUUCUUCUUCAAUCGACGCAGAGUGCCCGAACGACGCCGUUUAGGUGAUUUCAAGAUGCUCAGAUCACUGUCUCUCGCGCGGAACCGUGUCGGCUUCAUCACCAAUUCCACAAACCCGAUCACCCAAUUACCAAAAUGGUCUUCUCCUUCUUCUUCUUCUUCUUCGCCAUUUUCGUCUUCCAAGUCCCAUUCUAAGGGGAACGAUGAAGAAGGCGCACGAAGCGACGCCGUUUCGUUGUUCAACAGAGACCCAACGAGCCCGCCUAGGCUCUUCCUUGUCCAGCCUCGUCUGGUUCCACCUAAUUUCCUGCAGGCAAAGCUGAACGAAGCACUUUGCCUCGCGAAUUCUCUUGAAGAACAGCGAGAUGGGUACUUCGACUCUGAUUUCUUCGACAAGGAAUUGCCUCCUCAUGCUCUUGUCCAAAACCCAGCUCUUAAAUCGUCUAAACCCCGCGCAGAUACGUACUUCGGUCCUGGGACAGUAGAGAACAUCAAAUGCCAUCUAAAUGCAGCCGACUCAGAGGAAGAAGUUGAUGCUGUUUUCGUUAACGCCAUUUUGACCGGAAUUCAGCAGAGGAAUUUGGAGCGAGCAUGGGGAAGACCUGUAUUAGACCGUGUCGGUCUUAUUAUCGAAAUAUUUAAUGCUCAUGCACAUACAAAAGAAGCUAAGCUCCAGGCAGAGUUAGCCGCUCUGAUGUACAAAAGCAGCAGACUGGUUCGAGUUCGUGGUCCCGAUGGACGGCAGACUUUUGGACAAUUUGGUGAAGCUGAAGUUGUCAGUGCCAGAGGGAGAGGAUCUGGGGGACGUGGUUUCAUUAGUGGUGCUGGAGAAACCGAGCUUCAACUUCAAAGGAGAAGAAUAAUGGAACGGAGGAAGAAUUUGCUGUCCCAAAUUGAAGAGGUCAGACGUACACGAGCAUUGCAGCGUGCUGCUCGUAAGAGACGAGGCAGAAUAGAGGGUCAAGAUUUAGCUACUGUUGCGGUUGUCGGUUACACAAAUGCUGGAAAAUCGACUUUGAUAAGCUCAUUAACAGACACUGCUCUCUACUGCAAUGAACGAUUGUUUGCCACAUUAGAUCCUAGACUAAAGAGUGUUGCUCUUCCUUCCGGAAGGAAAGUGCUUCUUAGUGACACCGUGGGAUUCAUAUCAGAUCUACCUGUGCAGCUGGUGAAAGCAUUUCAAUCUACCCUGGAGGAAGUUGUAGAAGCUGAUCUCCUUCUGCAUGUAGUUGAUUCCACGGCCCCAAAUCUCGAGGAGCAUCGUUCAACGGUAUUUCAAGUCCUUCAUCAGAUUGGAGUACCUGAAGAUAAGCUUCAAGAUAUGAUAGAAGUCUGGAACAAGAUUGACUAUGAAGAAGAGGAAAUGGACAGCAAUGUGUACCUAGAAGAGGGUGAAGGUGAAGAAGCAGAGACAAUCAGUGUAUCAGAAGGUGAAGAUAAGGUAGAGGUAUCGGCCCAGAACACGAACCAGGAUGAUGAU